AUGGAACAGCUGAUCCGAGUCCAGUUAGAACAGAACAAGUAUCAAGUGGCACCUGAUUGGCGAGAAGUGGCCGAACUUGUUCAAGAACUGCACUGGCUUGAGCGUGAGCGCACAGAUACCCCAACCAACGGUCGGGGGCGGCUGCGACACGGCGCGAGCGUCCUGGCGCAGGCCGUCACGCACGCGCGUCAAACUAGUCUCGUGACGUCACACGAUAUUACAAAACCGGCCAGGCAGCUCGGGCGAGCACGCCAGCGAGCGGCGCGGCGCAGUGACGAACGCGCUGUCGGCCGACCCCGACGCGCCACUGGGGUGUCACGUACCGUGGGCGGCGUCACGACGCUGGGACGCGGACGGGCGCGGGCGCGGGGACACGAGCACGCGGCGAGCGGCGCUACGGAGCGCGGGCGCAGGUGCUCUGAGCGCAACAGCCUCCGCGCGCCGGCGCCGCGCCCGCCGCGCUCCCCGCACCGCCCGCGCCUCGCUCUCGCACCAAAACGACGAAUUUAUCUUCCGUGCACGCUGGCCCUCCUACCCGAGGACGUUGCCCAGGGUGCCGGAGCGUCCUCGGCCGAAAACUUUACAUAUCGUCUCUGA